AUGGCCUCAUCGUCAGUAUCGAUGCCGCACGCUCCGCCGCCCGAGUCGUCGGCAAAGUCAUCGGCAAAGACUUCCAGUGCAGACGCGGUUACUAAGCGCAUCGCCACUGAUGAGUACGAUGACAACGCCGACGCAAACGACCAUGGCGACGACGAGGGUGAAAUCCCCGAGGUCGACAGCGCGCUGGAGCGACGCCUACGAGGCAAGGUCGACCUGCGCCUCUGCACCAUCGCCGGCAUCCUAUGCUCGCUGAACCUGCUCGACUCAGGCGUCAUCAGCUCAGCGUCAGUAACAUCGAUGCCGGCGGACCUCGACCUGACGGGCAACCGCUUCAGCAUCGCCAUCUUCAUCUUCACCAUCGCCAGCAUCGCCUUCCAACUACCAUCAACACUAGCAGUUCGGCGGUUCGGCCCACGCCCGUGGUUCGCGCUCAUCACUUUUGCGUUUGGGCUGAUCACCAUGUGCACGGCCUUCAUCCGCACCUGGCGGCAGAUGAUCGCGCUGCGCGUCCUGCUGGGCGCGGCCAUGAGCGGUAUUUAUCCGGGCCUCACGUACCUGAUCUCGACGUGGUACCCGCGCCGCGAGCAGCAGACGCGCUUCGCGUACCUGCAGACGGGCGAGGUCGUCAUCCUCGCAACGGGCGGCAUCGUCAACUUUGGGCUCAACCAGCUCGACGGCCGCGGCGGCAUUUCGGGGUGGCGCUACAUGUUCCUGGUGCAGGGCCUCAUCGCCAUGGUCAUCGGACUACAGACCUACUUCUGGAUCGUCGACUUUCCCGAGCUGGCGCACCGGUCGUUCUGGUUCCUCACCGCGGAAGAACAAAAAUUGGCCGUGGCGCGGAUCAACGCCGACCGCAAAGACGUCGAGCCCGAGCCCUUCGCCUGGGGGAAGGUCUUCGUGCACGCUGGGGAUCCCAAGGUCUACGGGUUCGCGACGAUGUUCUUCCUGCUGAACCUGGUGUCGACGUCGCUGUCCUAUUUCCUGCCCAUCAUCCUGCAGAACGGCAUGGGGUUCAGCGAGAACGAGUCGAUCCUGCUGUCGGCGCCGCCGUACUACUACGCCGUCAUACCAGUACUCUUCUCGUCCUACGUCGCGGACAAGUACCGACUGCGGGGCCCCGUCAUCGUGUUCAACUGCCUCUGUCUCAUCGUCGGCUUCUGCAUGCUUGGAUUCACCAAACAGGUCACGGUGCGCUACAUCGGGACGUACCUGGCGACCGGCGCCUACGUGAGCAACUGGGCGGCGCUGAGUACGUACCAGGCGAACAACAUCGCCGGCCAGUGGAAGCGCGCGUUCACGGCUGCCGCUGUUACGGCGAUGAAUGGUGCUGGUGGCAUUGCUGGCAGCUUCAUCGUCAGGUCGCAGGAGGCGCCGCGGUACAUGACGGCCGUGUGGGUUUCGAUCGGGUCUCACAUACUGAUCAUCGGUAUCGUGGCUCUCUUCUCUGUGUACUUCCGUAUAGCAAAUAGACGGGCGGCGAGGGGCGGGAUAGUGCUCGAGGGCAUCGCGGGUUUCAGAUACACCUAUUAG